AUGAACCGUAUCAAUAUAGAAAGCAUAUCUGAUCAAGAUGAUGCAAAUGAUAUGACUGACUAUACACAAGAUUCUGAUACAUCAAUCCUUGAACCAACAAACGAUUAUGAUACUGAAUUUACUUGUCAAGAUAAUAUGGAUGAUUUUGAAACUUUAACCCCCAAUGAUAAUAAUGAUGCACAAGAUUCUGAUAUUUUAGCCUCCACAACUAAUGUAUUACCACCAUUAAAAAGUUUGCGGUCUUCUCAUACUAUUAAAGAGAACAACAUUAGUCAAAACACUUUAAACCCCAUGGUAUCAUCGAUAAAAAAAAGUCUUCGAUCUUCUGUUCGAAAGUUAAUUAAUAUUCUCAAUGAAGACGAUGCCAUUGAGAACCAUACACAAGAUUUUUAA